GCCGUAUCUGACAAUCGUCAUCAUGGAUGUUCGCGUUGGCUAACAUUCGCAUUUCACCCAAAUCACCUCUCUCUAUCUCUCUCCGUUCUUCCCUACUCUGUACAGAGUACAGACCAGAAAGCACUCAGAUUACACUGUAAAUUGAUUCCUCCAAUUUUCUACUAAAUAAUUGGUUUGUAGAUCAGUCGGAUCUUAUCAGAGAUGGGUUGUACACAAUCGAAGAUCGAGAACGAAGAAAUUGUGAAUCGGUGCAAGGAAAGGAAAACAGUGAUGAAAGAAUCAGUAUCUGCUCGGAACGCCUUCGCCGCUGCCCACUUCUCCUACGCUGCUGCUCUCAAGAACACCGGCGCCGCACUUAGUGACUACGCCCAAGGCGAGGUUCAAUUCUCUGAUCACCGGCAUCCCUCCUCUGUUGACGCAGUUUCCUCUUCGACAACCAUUCUCCCUCCAGCACCACCACAACCCCCAUACGAAAACCUCCCUCCGCCCCCACCACCGCCUCUCCAACGAGCCGCUACUAUGCCGGAAUUCACCAUUUCGGAACCGGAAUUCAAGUCGCAUCCUGACCCGAUCAUCGAAGAAGGCGACGAGGAUGAUGAGAUUGAUGAUCGUAGCUUAAAGCGCCGGACUAGUUCUAGAAGCUCCGCUGGUGCCGGUGUCAGAAGUGCUUCGAAAAGAGAGGCCGAAAAACAGGAUCUCCCUCCGCCAUCUCCACCACAGCCAACGCCACCACGUCCGACCGAAAACACUCUCAAUCGUACCGCACCGCCUCCACCUCCGUCUCACGGGAUGUCUUCAUGGGAUUACUUUUUCUCGUCGAUGGAAAACGUUACAGGCCCGAGUCUGGCUGAAGCAGAUAGCCAGAGCAGUAGAUUCGAACGCGAAGAAAUCCACCAACGGAAAGUGUUGGAGGAGCAGGAGGAGGAGGAGGUGCAGGUGCAACACAGGUCUAUGAAGAAUCAUAUGAAUCACCAUGGCGGCGAUGAAAGAGGUGGCGAUAGUGGUGAUAAUGAGGUUGAAGAAUUGGCAACCGAAGUGGAGGAAGAACCUCCACCACCCCUACCUAAAGCUGUAAAGAAGGUUCGGGUUCCUGUGUCAGUUCCAGCAGAAGGCAGAAGAUCAUCCGGUAAGGGUGGUGGUGGACAGAGUCUGGACUUGUUGCAGAUAUUUACUAAGCUUGAUGAUUGUUUUCUGCAAGCAUCAGAAAGCGCCAAUGAGGUUUCAAAGAUGCUUGAGGCCAAUAGACUGCAUUACCACUCAAAUUUUGCAGAUAAUCGAGGGCAUAUAGAUCAUUCUGCAAGAGUCAUGCGUGUGAUUACAUGGAAUAAGUCUUUUAAAGGAUUACCAGAUGCUGAUGAUAAGAAGGAUGACUUUGAUUCUGAAGAGAAUGAAACCCAUGCUACAGUGUUGGACAAGAUGCUUGCAUGGGAGAAGAAGCUAUAUGAUGAAGUCAAGGCAGGUGAAUUGAUGAAACUUGAGUACCAUAAAAAGAUCGUGUCACUAAAUAAACUCAAAAAACGUGGUGCUAGUACCGAUCAUUUGGAGAGAACAAAAGCAACUGUAAGUCAUCUGCACACAAGAUACAUCGUAGACAUGCAAUCAAUGGAUUCAACCGUUUCUGAAAUCAAUCGGCUUCGUGAUGAACAAUUGUACCCAAAACUCGUUCAACUUGUCAAUGGGAUGGCGGAAAUGUGGGAAAACAUGAAAUUACAACAUGACUACCAAUCAAAAAUUGUUCAAGCAUUACGAUCUCUUGACAUCUCUCAUUCACCAAAAGAAACAACCGAACUCCAUUACAAAAACACAAGCCAACUUCAUGAUCAUGUCCAAAUGUGGCAUUCCCAAUUUGAAAAACUCAUGUCACACCAAAAAGAAUACGUAAAAGCCCUCAACAAUUGGCUAAAACUCAACCUUAUCCCGAUUGACAACAACCUAAGAGAAAAAGUGUCCUCACCUCAAAGACCACAAACCCCACCAAUCCAAUCCCUUUUAAGAACGUGGAACGAUUUCCUCGAGAAGCUUCCGGAAGAAGGAGCAAGAACCGCUAUACACAACUUUGCAGCUGUCAUGGACACAAUCUUUCAGUACCAAACAGAUGAAAUGAAAAUGAAGGAAAGAUGUGAGGAAACAAGAAGGGAGUUAACGCGAAAAACACGGAAGUUUGAAGAUUGGUAUAAUAGGUAUAUUCAGAAAAGAAGUUCGGAAGAUAUGGAGCAUGAUAAGGAAGUGAUUGCUGAACAACAAAUUACAGUUGAGUUGUUGAAGAAGAGAUUGGAGGAAGAGGAAGAAGGGUACCAGAGGCAGUGUAUUCAGGUGAGGGAUAAAUCUUUGAUGAAUUUGAAGACGGGUUUACCGGAGGUUUUCAGGGCAAUGUCGGAAUUUUCUUGGGCUUGUUCACAUAUGUAUAAAAGCUUGAGGUCUCAAAGGAUGAACCAAAAUCCAAAUGCAAGUUUUUCAUGAGGUAUGAUGAUAUGAUGUAAGCAAGCUUGUUGUUCGCUUGUUUGUAUGAUUUGAUAAAGGUUAUUAAUUUGAUUUGUAUGAUUCAAGUGUGAAGGAGGUUUAGUUGCAUGUUAAUGUGAUUUCAUUUUUGGUAUUACCC